AUGAAGAAAAAUGAAACUUUCAAAGAGUAUGCCCAGUGUUGGAGAGAGAUGGCUGCCCAGGUUGAACCACCACUAUAUGAUAAGGAGAUGGUUACGAUGUUUGUGAAUGCAUUACAACCGCCAUUUUAUGAGCAUAUGAUUGGGAAUUGGAAUAUAUCUUCUAAUUUUGCGGACAUCAUCAUCAUUGGUGAAAGGAUUGAAACUGGGAUAAAAAAUGGUAAAAUUGCAUAUGGCCCGCCCGUGGCUGCAAAUACCAAAAAACCAGGUUUCAAUCAAAGUAAGAAAAAAGAAGUUGAAGUUCAUGCCGCAUCUGCAUGGGAUAACCGUACACCUUUUAAUUACCAAAUACAACCUGUUUCAAACAAUCAGUUGCAACCUCAGAAAGCGACUGCUAGUAAUAGUGAGAACCCAGGUCAAAGUACUAAUACAAGAAGGGAGAGGAAGUUUAUUCAUUUUACUCCUAUUCCUAUGACAUACACAGAGUUGUUACAGAUGCUUCUUCGUAAAUCUUUUGUUGCAAUUUGCCUAAUGAAGCCACAACAACCUCCUUUUUCCAAGAGUUAUGAUCCAGAUGCUACAUGUGACUACCAUGGAGGGGUAAAGGGGCAUUCGACAGAAAAGUUUUUUCCUCUCAAAUAUAAGGUACAAUCUUUGAUUGAUGCGGGGUGGUUGACAUUCAAAGAAGAUAAACCUAGUAUUGAAAAUAACCCUUUGUCGGGGCAUGAGAAGACUUCAACAAAUGCUAUUGAGGUCAGGGAGAAAAGGUUGCUAGAGUUGCAAAAUCUAGUUGAUAAGCAUUUCCUGCAAGUUUUUUAUGGAAAGAAGGAUGAGGAGGUAUUGGCCCAAACUGAUGAACAAUCCAAUUUAACCACGCCAGAACCUUUAGUGAUUCAUUUCACUAGACCUGUACCUUUUUUCAUGGAACAAGGAAGGCAAUCCAUAGUGAUAAAAACGCCAUCCUCUUUUCCUUAUGAAAGUGAUAGAGCUGUUCCAUGGAAGUAUGAAGUACAUGAAUUAGGUGAGGGACAACAGGUUGAAAACACUUCUGUGCAUGAAGGUCCAAAUGUUGAAAAUAUAUCAGGUCUUGGUGGGAUAACAAGGAGUGGUCAUUUCUUUACACCACCAGAUCUAAGGAAGGAAGCAUGCCAUAGAAGUAAAGUAAAUGAUGGAAUUGAAAAAGCAAAAGAGAUAUUAAGAGAAAAGACGAUACAAGAUGAGGAAAAAUGCAGAAAAGAUAAACAAAAAGAAAUAUCAGAUGAAGAGGCCGGUGAAUUUUUGAAAUUCAUAAAACAAAACGAAUACAAGGUGAUGGAGCAGUUGAAUCGUAUGCCAGCUCGUAUUUCGCUUUUAGAAUUGCUCAUGCAUUCGACAACUCACUGA